AUGCCAGAGAAGAUGAUACAUAUUGAUGGAAGGACACUCGAAGGUGGUGGACAGCUGGUCCGCAACGCCGUAGCCCUAUCCGCUCUGACAGGCAAACCGAUAACCAUCACGAAUAUUCGAGGCAAUCGCCAUGGGAAAACUGGGUUGAAAGGCUCACAUGCAGCAGCUAUUCAAUUCAUCUCUGAAAUAUGCCAGGGAGAGGUCGUCAACGGGCAGGUUGGAUCGCAGACGAUCACCUUCUAUCCCCGUAGACGGGAAUUAUACCAUGCUCUAGAACAGAAGCCUUCGGUAUCAUCAGUGUCGUCACAGUUGAAAUACUUGAGUCUGGGACUGCCUGCGAUCAAACAAGAAUACUCUAUACAGCAGCAUACCGCGGGUUCUAUCUCCCUUGUCUUCCAAGCUUUGUACCCGUAUUUGGUUUAUGCUAGUAGCCUUUCAAUGGCGGAUAAUACAAGACAUCUACCAACCCAGGUGCACAUCACUGGUGGCACGAAUGUCACUCAUUCUCCUUCAUUUGACUACCUGGAUCAGGUUCUCGGACCGAACUUGCUAAAAUGCGGGCUUCCGAACUUGUCUAUCAAUCUGCAUAAGCGGGGAUGGUCCACGGGGCCAAGAGAUCUUGGGGCUAUGACAUUCUACGUCCAUCCUCUGGCCGAAAGGCAGGGCAAGACUAAAUGGUUUCCGCUCCUUAAACUCAGCCAAUACAGGAAGACAGCGAUAACGAGGAUUGAUAUCACAAUCCUAGCUCCUGACAUCGACCUGCAACAUCAGGAAGCGCAAGGGAAUCGACAGGCCGGGCGAAAGGCGUCCCGCAAUAAUAGCAACAACGGCGGCAGCAGCAGCGAUAUUUCUCAGAGUAAAACUGUCCGAGAAUAUCUUGAGGACAGGGGUCAAAAUGUGUUAAGCCGUGCCAUAAAUAGUUUGGAAGGGAAUUUCGAUACUCGAGCACGAAACGGCGAGAAAAGCGAAUGGGAGGGGUCUGGAAUACCGAUUAAAAUGCACCUCUCCGAAGCGACUCAUCAUCAUUCACAUAUCUACAUCUUGUUAGUAGCUCACAUGUCAAACGGCUUUAGGCUCGGAAGGGAUGCCCUAUUCAAUGGAUACGCAAGGCCCGGUGGCGGCAAAAGUGGACGGGGCAGGAUUGAGAAAGAUAGUGGCAGCAGAGGUUCUGACAGCACGAAUAGUAUGAUAGCGACUCUGGAUGGUCUCGUCGACAGCUGUGUUGCCGGUCUUGUUGAGGAAAUAAAAGAGAGAGAUGGUGGCGACGGGACGACACACCAGCCGUGCGUCGAUGUACAUAUGCGUGAUCAGCUCGUUAUUUUCGAAGCAUUAGGGCUGUUGGACCGGCCAGCAAAUUCGAGAAAGGACAGCGACAGAUUUCAGGGGCUAGAAGAUAACAGGGAAGAUGAUCAAUACUGGAGUCUACACACACGGACUGCGCGAUGGGUCUGCGAACAGAUACUAGGGGCAAAUGUUUGGGGUGGCACAUGA